AUGCACUGAGGGUGUUCCCGGAUGUAAGCUCUGUACGGCCUCUGAUGACAAGACCGCGAUCCGUGAUUGGAAGGGUGAUCUGUACGGAGCGGCGUGUUCUCUGUGAUCUGUACAAUCCUCUCCUCUCCUUCCACCUGCUGCCCCUGACGAGCCGUCUACCCGAGUCCUCCGAGAGAGGCUGGGCGAACCUACCGACAUGGGUGACAAGGAAGGAUCCGAAAAAUUUAAAAGAAGCAAACCUGACUUUAAACAGUCCCAGAGGAAAGAUGGGAAAGGAAGUACCAUUGACUCUUCAUCAUCAGUGAUACUUGCGUUUCAAUCCUUUCAGCAUGAACUGGAUGCAAGGCAUGACAAAUAUGAGCGGCUUGUGAAGUAUAGCAGAGACAUAACAACUGAAAGCAAGAGAACAAUAUUCCUUUUACAUAGAGUUAUCAGUGAACCCAACAAAGAUGAUGUACUGGUUGAAGCAAACAGAAAACUAGAUGGUGUACGAGAAAAAAUGAAACAGGUGGCCCUGGAGCUUGUGGGUGAAGAUAUAUAUCAGUACUACAGAGCAAUUACAUGCGGUCUCCAGGAAUAUGUUGAAGCCGUCACCUUUCAACAUUUUAUUACAAACAGAAUGCUUUUAAGCCUUGAGGAUAUUAACAGACAGCUAAUAUUUGACAAUGAUAUUAAUAUUGCUUCAAACAAUGAAGACCAAACCAGACCGAGCAUAUUAAGCCUGCCGAUAACUCCUGUGGAUUAUUUGCUUGGAGUAGCUGACCUUACUGGAGAGCUGAUGCGUUUGUGCAUAAGUAGUGUUGGAAACGGUGACAUCAAUACACCCUUUGAACUGACUCAGUUCUUGCGUGAAAUUUUUGAUGGAUUUGCUUACAUUGGUAACACUGGUCCAUACGAGAUUUCAAGAAAGUUGUAUACCUUAAAGCAGAGCCUGGGGAAAGUGGAAAAUGCCUGUUACAUGUUAAAAGUGAGAGGCUCAGAAAUUCCAAAACACAUGCUUGCUGAUCUGUUUGCAUCCAAAUCCGAACUCCAUGAACAUGAUGAUGGCAUGUCCUAAAGACCAUAAUGUUGACCCGUUGUAGGAUAGGCUGCAAGUUUACCAGUUCAACAGUUAUUUCAAAGUUUUUGUUUUCAUGUUUAAUAUUUUACAUUUGCAUCUGCGCACACAUUUUGAGUAUAAUUUUAAUAUGCUAUUUGUAUAUCUGAUUUAUUGUAUGUUCCAACAUUGACUUAUAAAACAGAUAUGCUUGAUCUUUAUUGUGCCACGUGAUACAAGGCACCCAGACAUACUCGUAUGUCUUGCCUAUGGUUAGAAAGUGCCUCUCUUCAUUUUAGGACCCAAUGAAAAUGCAUGCUCUUUGUAUGAAAACCUCUGCUCUAAAGCUAACCUUCACUGGGAGAAAUAUGUAGGUUGCUACUACAGACCGCUUUUCCUUAAAAUGCUGUUUGCGUGGCUACCCCUGCUUUUGCUACUUUGUAAAAGAUGAAAGCUUCAACCCACCCAAGUAUGUCCUGUGUAUUGGUUGUAAUCAACAAAAUCAGUGUCAUCUUUUACAAAAGCUGUCUAUGAACUUAAAUGUGUCAUUGGAAUACACCCAGCUAGAACUAUGGGUACACUUGCAGGUCCUGCUCUCCUCCCAUUAAAGCUGAUCUCCAGGCAGUGGAAUUAUCCAAUAGAAAGACUGCACUCCUACUGUAAAAUAAUUUCUCUUUACUUUGCAUUGUUAUGGAGAAAUUAGAACAUAACAACAUAUAUUCCACAGGGUUUCCAUUAGAAAUCUCCCUAGCUGGCUAGCCGGGGGAAAAAGAAACGAUUCCUUCAUCCACACAAAGGUGGUGGAUAAAGGAAUCCCCUGCUGGGACAUUGUAUUCUGCAGCUGUCGGAAAAUACUGCUCAGUGGCCGCUGCUGCUGAUCAUCACAAAAUUUUCCCGCAGGUCCCUUCCACAGAAGUUGAUUCAAUAAUUGACUCCUCCCAAGAGGGGAUGGCCACAAGCAUGCGGCGAGCUGGGUCUGAGUGAAGUCCCAACCCUUGAUCUGCAUGACGAGCAAUCGUUAAGCAUUUUCAAACAGAGAAGUCAGAAAUGGCAGGCUGCAUAUUUCUCUCAAUACAGGUUUUUUUCAAACUGAGUUAAAGGUUUGGCAUCUCCCUCCUCUCCCAUUGACAUUCCACAGUGCAAAGCAAUGGAGAAAAGUUUAUUUUUUGCAGUCUUAAUGCAGAGGUCUGUCUAUCGGGAUGCCCUAAGAGUGACUUUGGGCAAGAAGUAGUUAAGAUCCACUAACUUCUAAUGCUGUCUAGGAAAAAUUACAACUAAACCAAAGAUAGUUUACCUUAAUCUGAUUUGCAUUUCUGCAACUUUUUUUCAGAUUCUUGUCUCCUAUAGUGUGCAAUUUUUGCUGUUUUUGUGUUGGAGACGGGUAAAAACCUACAUUGGUUGGGACUGGGUACAGUAUAUAUAAUUUGCAGAUGACUCUGCAAAUAGUUUUUGUUUUAUUUUUUUUCCCCCAGAAUACCACAUUGCUGGCAGAUUCAAAAUAUUUCUGCAAUUAAGUCUGUUACAUAUACAGUAAUACAUAUUGGGCAUCUUUUUUUUUUUUUUUUUUUUUUUUUUAACUGCAAAGUUUUUCUGUUUGGAUUAAGGGUGUGCUGGCAGCACAUAGGAGAGUCGGACUACUGCACUUUUACACAAAGCAGAGGGCUAGCUCUAGUGGUCCAGUAACCUCUCCAAAUGCUGCUUGAAUCAACGGCAUUCUCACUCCCUGAGCAGCACUGUUGAUUUGAGCAACAUCCGAGAAGGGCAUGUCAUGAUACUGCUUUGUAUGAGAGGGGGGGCCCAACUCUCCUAUACCAGCAUAGGGUAUUUAAGUGUUGCUGCAGCACUUGGUAGUAAAAAAAAAAA